CCAUAAUUCUGCGCAAUAUCAUGACUCUGACAGCAGCAGCAGCGCAGCCGUGACCAAAACCACUGGAGCCCAAAAGUAUGAGAAGCUCCCGUUUCAUGCACCAUUCAGUCCGAACUCCACACUCUACGCAAACAGAAGCGGCUGCACCUGAAAGAGUGUUUCUUUCCAGCGGGAUGGAGUUUGCGAUGGUUUCGUGAAUAAAUGCAUCUGCUCGGUUGAUAUGGAAGAGCCUCCCAGCGACUCAGAUGGUUUACAGCCUCAGGAUCUGUCCUCCGCCUGCAGCCUCCCAAACAUCUUCGAUCUGACACGGAACGCCGAGGAAUGCCUUCUGAAAGCCAACCCCAUCGACGCCUUGCAUGUUGUUCAGACGCCGGGCUGGUUCGUCAAUCCUGGGACCAGCAAUGGGAUGUUGCUUCCCGAAACCGACCCUGAACCACUUCCGCUUCCAACAGACCAGAUCCAACCAGAUAAUGCAUUUUCCAACACGACCGUCACGCUCUCCUACGUGAGCCGGUCGCAUGUCUUCUCCGAGCAUUCCCCGAUCUACGGCGUUCCUUCCUUGAGCAAGGCGUUUGCGCUGCAUCCCGCCGCGUAUGAUGCCGGAAAGCUGGUGACGGAUGCCGGAGAUGCUGCGCUUUCGGUCGACCAACACUGUCUCCAGCAGGUGUCCGUCCCGGUCGGACUGACAGCCUGCGAUCAGUUCGGCUUCAUGUCACCGGCUCAGGUCGUGGAAAACGUGGCGGCGUUCUGCUACCUUCAACAACCUCCGGAUAUGCAAGAUGUGGAAAACCUGGCUUUGGAAACGCUCAAAUCUUUACAAGCCGAUCCCAGCGAGUGCAGGUUCCCCAUCAGCGUGGAUGAGCUUCAAAACGGAGCUGCGAAUGGCCUGUGGAACGUCGGACCCUUCGAGGGAGGAUUUCCGGAGGAAGACGGCGCGAACUCGGAUGGUUUGCACCGGAACGCCAAUCCGGAGCUUGUCUUUCUCAUAUCCAGAUCCGAGGAUCCAGUGGUUUUACCGAAUGAUGGCUUCGCUAUUUCGUUAAACCAAGACUUCAUUAGUCCGUUGGAUCCUGAGUCUCCGUCAGCGGAGCAAAUCGAGGAUGUUAUCGCUUUGCCGCAAACAGCGAGUUCUCCGAGUGGAGCCAAGCAAGAAGAGGAGUUUGAUUCUACAAUGCCGGAGACAGCUGAGACAGAAUCGCCAGAAACACCAACAAGGAAAACUGACAAAACGUGCAACACCGAGUCCGUGCAUGUCAACGAUGCCUCUGCAGAACAAACCGACACGGAUGCAUUCAAAGCAAGCAAUGAUUUGCCAUCUAGUGGCAGUUCGCUCGUACUUGAGAGGAAAAGACUGCCUCCGAGAGCUAGACGAGGUGUAAGAAUGGGAGCCAUUGUUCAAGACAUCCAUCCCAUCAGGAGUCGUGUGUGCAAAAGAAAAGUUCAGACGAGCAAGUCCAAGAAAAAGGUGCUGGAAAGGAUGCGCAAUGUGGCGGAUGUGGAGAAGAAGAAAAAGAAAGAAGAAACCGACGUCAGACGUUCAAGCAGACGUAAAGCCACACUAUCUACCUCAACUUCUGCAAAGCCGAUAGAUGCAUUUGUAAAACGCACAAAGAAAAAAUCCUCCGGAAGGAUAAGAAACCUUCAUUCGGUACCAGUCAAGCAUCAAAAACCAAUACCGGCUCAACAAGGCCUGAAGAAAUCUGCCAAACGGAAGAGAAAGAAACACAAAGCCGGCCGUGCGUCAUUUUUCUCUCCACAAGAACCUGAAAUCAAACUCAAAUGUCUAAACUACAAGGAGGAGAAGAAGGAUGUGCGGGAUGAGACCUUCGCGCCUUACGUGCGCAUGCGGAUCAAAGACUUCCCCAUCUGUACGGUGGUCAACUAUCCCGAGGACAGCGUCCGGAUCAAGCAGGGGAAGCGGCGGGCGAGUGGCGGGUUUGCGUCCGGUGUGAUGCCAGCGACGCCUGGAUUGCAGUACGGUCGGGUCUGUGUGGAUGUGUCACAGAGGGAUGUUCUGGUCUGCUGUCUCUGCGGCGGCUCGGCCAAUGCGAUGGACCUCGGAGACUUGCAUGGGCCAUAUUACCCUGAAGGUUUCAAAUCGGCCUCUAAAGCGGUUUGUAAUCCACAGGAAGAGGAUAAUAGUGACUCAGACUCGUCUGUUAGAGGGAAACGUGUUGCUCCAGGCAGAUGGACUGAGUCUCUUUGGACCAGCGAUAGCGAGUUGUCCAAUAGUCCUUCAUCUAAGAGACCCAGGGUGGACGGUGACACCGAUUGGUUCAGUCCUCCUGUGGUUCCUCUCGACGCUAACGAACACUGGCUCCACGAGGACUGCGCGAUAUGGUCCGCGGGCGUCUUUCUGGUUCGGGGAAAGCUGCACGGGCUGGAAAAUGCGGUCAGGUUGGCGAAAGCGUCGGUUUGUUCGACGUGUCAAAGAAGGGGAGCGACGUUGGGCUGUGUUUUCAAAGGCUGCCCGAACAAAUACCACUACACAUGUGCACUGCAGUCCGGUUGUGUAUUAAACGAGGAUAAUUUCUCCAUGAAAUGCAGAAAGCACAAGAAUAAGUCCAUUAAAGGAUCAUCAUAUCGUCAAAUCAACAGGUGACACCGGAGAAAGAGGACGCUAUGCAAGAGUGCGCUUGAUCUCUAACUCCAGUGUUCCUGUGAGCGCCGGCCGUGGGACCUUCAGACAGAACGGGCCAACACCCAUACACCUUAAUAAUUUUGCUGUUGCACUGCUCGUAACACCCGUCACUAUCACACAAACAGCACUUUGUGAGACUGUCACUAAAGACAAGUGGUUUUGCGAGGUUGAAUGAGGACUGUGGGGAAAGUCAGAGAGAAUUGCACAUUUAAGGGGCUCAAAGCAGAAGAACCGCAGCACAAACAUAUGUGCUCGUCUUAUUUGCCAAUAUUAUUUUACAAAAUAUGUGUCAUAUUUAUAUGUUGGCGCAAAAUCUUUUUUUUUUUUUUGGAAAUGCUUGUCUACAAUCAAAUUUUUGUUAAUUCUGUCUUAAUUUAUGAAGAAAAUGAAUUUUAUCAACUGACUUUUAAAUAUACUGCUUGUCAAAAUGUAAAUGCGUCUUCAUAAUCAACACUUUAUAUUCGUUUGGCAUGUAGUCAAAAAAAAAAAUGUUUAGUUCUUUGUAAAUGAAGAAACAUAAAAAAGGUGUGGAACCAACAGCUAGCAAGCAAUUAAGAAGGGCACUUUGUGUACAAAAUGGGAAACGUUGAUUUCUUUUUGUUCAAGAUUAGUAUGUUGGCUUCAUAAUUCAAGCCCAAAGUUUCUGUGCGUUUCUUAUUCUUUGUCUCGAAUGAUGAUCUGUUUCUUCCAGCAUAACAGCACAUUUACACACUUACGCCAUGAAGUGCGUGCGGAAGACGCUCUGUGAACGUGUACCUGCGUUGUGAACAUGAGGUAUUUAAUCUUCAUUUUCAAUUACAUUAAUUGUAUAAUUCACGACAUCCAAACAUUUAUUGUAAAUGCUGAAUAUUAGUGUUCCAGUUCAUCAGAUAUCUGAAUAUAACUUCAUUUGAACCACAGCCAGUGGAUCUUCUCGUUAGUUCUAUGCACUUACAUGCGUCUCCUCUACAUAAUCUAUAUUUUGUAGACCGUUAACUAUAGUGUAAAUGAUAAGCCUGCAUUAGUAUUGACAUGUCACCUUGAUGCCAUCAGAAAUUACCUGUAGGAAAGUUUGGAAACAAUUUUUUAUUUUUUUUUGGAAACCGCUCAUGCGAUGGUGUUUUUUGGAUUUGUAACUUCAGGUGCCCUUAAGAUUUCCUUUCGACAGUUGUGAAAUGUUUCAAUGCAGUUUGUUAAUCCAUAAUUCUUUUCUAAAAUCGGUUUAUUCAUUUGUUGCUGCCUUGCUAAGACAAAUCACUAUCAGUUUAUGACUUUUUUUACCCAGGAAGCACUUGCUUUAUGUUUGAAGAGAUCAGGAUUUGGAGACUCGUUCUGUAAAUGUACAGUGCAUUAAACAACACCUUGUGUACAGAAUAUUUAUGUCAAUAUUUUUGUCCAAAGUUUAAGAUGAAUCUGUGCCAAAUGCAGCCUGAUGUACUUUGGCAGCUUGUGUGUUGAGAGGUUGAGUCCUGUGAUGUUGCUCAUGUCGGUGUUAAUGUACUCGUGGUUUGUGCCAUACUUUUGUUCAGGACUGUAUCCGUACAAAUCUUGUGCAAAUGUUUUUUGUUUUGUUUUGAAUGAAUUGUCACAUUUUAGCAUCAUACCAAAUGUACCAAAAUCAUUUUUUGUUUGCAUUGUUUUUCUCAAAUGUUAAAUCUUUUCCUAUCUUAAUCUCAGGGUUGAGCAGGGUUCUUUUGUUGUGUUGUUGUUGUUGACAUUCUUACCCCAAAAUGUAUUUAUCCUGAACUGACUAAACCCAGUUGGUCAGCGUAAUAAACUGGCUUCUUUUAUUUUGCCUAA